AUAGACGACUCAUCGAUAAGAGACAAACUUCUAAAAAUACAAAAGAAAAAGAGGAACAAGUCUCCGCAGGCAUCGCCCACGAUCAUUCUGGUUGCUUUUAGCCGACAGUGUGAUGGAGACUACUUUUCUACUUGCGGUUUUUGAUCAUACAUGACACCAGUAGACAACUUACUAUCGCAAGAGCAUGUCCACCGCCCCGAACAACUCAGAUGAUUUCUCCCCGAAGUUAAAACGCAGAAAAAUUGACGCCUUCGAGUCGACAGGCGCGUUGCUGGGACGAUUCAGAACCGAGCACAGCAGUCGUUUUCUCGGACCCCUUUCGGGCUCCACUCAGGUCCGCUUACACGUGCGGGAGCAGGACGUUGCCGCGACAGAGAGCAGUAGAAACAUGGUGGUUCCGCAGGCAACCGACUCGAUGCCGUCAGAGAAGAUGCGGCCUGACGAUGAGACGGAAAAGAGCAAGUUAUACUUCGCCGCGUAUGCGCAGCACAAAUCACAGAUCAACAUGCUGACCGACUGGGGAAGAACGGAGUGCUACCGGCGCGCACUGCAGGACGGGCGGGCCGCUCAAUCCUGUGUGAAAUCCAAGACUGUGAUGGAUGUCGGUGCGGGAACGGGAAUCCUGAGUUUCCUGGCGUUGCAGUCGGCGGGUCGUGAUGAAAAAGGGCAGACGAGCGGCGCAGCAAAGGUAAUUGCCGUGGAGGCUUCCAAUAUGGCUCGGACUCUUCGGCAAAUUGCAGCCUCGAAUGGUUUUGUGCAGGACGACAAGCUCGUGGUUCUCCAAGAGUUGCUCGAGAAUGUAAAAGACGCAGAUCUUGGCGCGGCUAAAAUUGAAGCAGAUGCAGAAAAAGACAGCAGUGAUGACUACUUGGAGAUGGACAAAUUUGACCCUGCCGCGAGAAUCGAGCAGUGUCUUUGUGUGUUAGAGCAUGCGGCUUUUGGGUCUGGGAGCACCACGAAGACGCCGGGAAAGCACACGACAGAUGACCAAGCGACCAAACGCGUAGCGAGCGACCGCGUGGAAGUGUUCUUAGAGGAAAGACGGAACAAAUCAAGAACUGGCAGGAAAGGGGUUACCAGCAAAGAACCGCACGUAUCCACCACCGACUCUACUGGGUUCCUUGACCUCAUCCACGCCAAGGCAUUUCGCGGCGACGAUGCUUUUGAUUUUGCAACCGUGGCAGUGCGACAAUACCAGAGUACCGUUUUGGAGGUAAUGGAGUUCCGGAAACGUGAGCGACGCGAAGAGGCUCUGCACAGGCGCGAGAACAACAAAAACAAUUCGGUUGGACUCACGGAAGAUAAUGCUGCUCCGGAGGACGACUCCACCCCACGAAAGCGCGUAGUGAAAGAGCGUGCAGCGCUGGAGGAAUCGCUACCCGAACUCCGCGAAGAUGCGGCUUCUGCCAUUCGGGACUGGGACGAACAGUGCUUGCAGACGAUGCUACGGGAGUAUUGCGAGGACGUUGCGGAUAUCUUGCUCGGCUCAACAAACGCCGACGACCCUGGGGCAACGUCUGGCGCGGACGGACAGACGCCAGCUCGACCGAAGCAAGACGCGCUGGUCCAGGCUGUCGCCCAUUUGCUACAGAAACUGAACACGCUGGAUCGCGACGGAAAAUUUGUCACUGACAGUGCAAAGCGAAUCUGGAAGCGGGUGGAACUGGCGUUUGAUGAAGACCUGCACGAUGCUGCCAUUGCCAAAGCUGCAACUGGGAAUUCGGAUAGUUUCGCUGACGAUCAAUUGGGGGCAGCUUCGCAGGUCAACAAGAAGGAGCUCGAAGAAAUUGUCUUGCUGCAGAAAAAGCUCGACGACAAGACGACUAGUAAUGCGGAUUCUAAAAAGACAGCGAAGCAGUUGAACGAAAAGGUGGACAAACUGUUGGCUGCAGGGCCCAUGGAGGAACUUCGACAAGAGUGGCUGGAGGAACAAGAUCGUCUCGCGGAACAAGACGUACAGGGCUCGACUAUGGUGCACACAACAGUGGCCACCGGCUGGUCUGACGCCAACCGGCGGCGCGAGCUCACGGCCUUGCUGGCUAUCCGGGAUGCGUAUGAGAGGAAAAAGAAAAGUGCCAGUCGCUCCGGCACCAGCACCGGGCUGCUUUAUUGGCACCUGUUUGACUGUCUGCAGAACAUUCCGGGGAAGGUCCACAGCAUUGUUUCCGAGUGCAUUGGCACUUGUUUGGUGAACGAACGAAUGUUCGAAUCCUUUCUGCACGCCCGUGACCGGUUUCUGUUGCCAUUCCAAGAGUUCCGCCACGUCCUCGAGGCUGAAACGCGGGACGGAGCGCCGGAUGCUGCGGAAAAGAAUGCGAACCCCGGCGGGCUGUUCCCCAACACCUCUCGCAUCUGCGUGGCGCCGGUUUGCGACGAAGAGCUGUGGGACGAAGUUUGCGCGGAAGCCGGCUGGUGGACUGAAAUUUGUUCACACCCCCCGGCGCCCACACGACAUCACGGAAAAAAGCAAAGGAGCAGCUCAGUUGCCAAUGGCGCAGCUGCUGGCGCAACGGGAACCGAGAAUGGAGCUGGGGUAGCGAAAACGUUGAACAGCCUCACUUUCCCCUACGGGCUGGAUCUCUCCUGCGUGACAGACCUGCAUCUGGAAGAGAGUUUGAAUACACCGGUAUGCGACAUUUUCGAGGCUAAGUCCGUUCUUCUGGCCGAGGAGACGGCUCCGGUACCAGAGGACAACCAAUUCGAGAGGAGAAGCCAAGACCUGAAAGAAAAUGAAGUCCAGAACGUUCCCUUCCACACGCGCUCGCUGGCGCCAAUGGAGGAUUUGAACAUUUCACAAAAGUGGUUCGACUGGCACUCCGCCUCGAAAUUCGACUUGGAAAAAAUCAAAAUUCCGUUUCAAUUUGUCGCUCCGGCAAGCGCAUUUGGAUCAUCGGUGAUAGGAGAUGGCGUAUCGGAGAAGAAAGCAAUUCAGCCGUCUCCUAGCGGCAUGCCGCCAUCAAAUAACCAGGAGGGAAAUAAUCGACGUGAAGAACCUGAUCUCGAUGAAUAUCUCUUUGAUGAAGACAAUUUUGAGGUAAUUUAUCCGGAGCUGCAUACAGGUGGUGCCGCACAAGAUUCGAAAGGUGCAGUCGCGGCGAUGAAAAGUGGUGGAGCAAAGCAGGUGAUCGGCCCAAUCGAGGAGGAUGACAGCUUCGACCAGGAAAUGUUCGACCAAGACAUGGAGGCGUUCGCUUUGGAGAUGGCCGGAGGGAGUGGGCCACCAGCAGGACUUGUUCUGUCGGAACCUCCGCAUGGCGUUGUGCAGCACCCGGCGCACGCGGCCGCCGGCAGCGUCAUCUCGGAAAGCAAACACAUGCGUCGCUCGAGCGCGUUGUCGCAGGAAGAUACCAAAUCCCUGUCGGAUGAACAAGAACAAUCCGGCCCGGGUGUGAUGAUUCACGGCCUGUUUCUCUGGUUCGACUGCCAAUUCGGGACGCAGUUCGAGCUGUCGAGCAGCCCGUGGAACCCGCCGACGCAUUGGCGGCAGGUUUUUUUCCCGUUCAAGGAAGUGAUCCGGUUGGAGGCGGUAGACGAAAUUUGUCGCGGUACGGUCGUCAUGCAGGUCACAAAAGGAUUGAGUUAUCAGGUCGAGAUCAAGCUGGAGAAGACCGAACCCAGCCGCAACACGGCGAAGUACUUCAACUUCGGGCCCUUCGACAUUGCGAACCCCGACUACAAUUUGUGCGACCGGUUGCGCAUGCGGAAAGCUCACCAUCUUGUGGCGCAACAAGAACCGGAAAGUACAGCAGGAGGGAAAAAUACAGCGGCUCUAUCGUGAGAAGAAUAAGGUUUAGAAUUUGGUGGACUCAGGCACUCCAACGAAGGAAAAUGAAAAUGAAAUAUAGUGGUAAAUGAGCGAGAAACUACAACGACUGUUUUUGUAUUCUAGUAGCGACCUCCACCUCCUCCCCUUUGCUUGCAAUCGAUGGGUGAUGUUGUGGUGCCCUCUUUAGUAUUCAGCGACCUGUAAUUUGAAAGAAAUGCACAUAGCGACAUUAGAUGGAUGUUUCUCUUUUUUGCAUUUGCAAGACGACAGCUCAAGAGCGGCACAAGCACACCUGCUGAAGUACCGCAAGAAAUUUGCUAUAGUACCGCUACCUCCUGC